AUGUUUCAUAUUCCAAGCAUUUACAGGAUACCACACACGUCUGACGCUGCAGUGCUGGACCAAUGCUUUUACCAAUUCAACUACCGCAGAGAACAAAAAUUCGAGUGUGGAAACAGCGAGAACCCCAACAACCAAGCUAUUCUCAAAGCAUACCUAGUUAAAAAGUGGUCUACGGCACGAGACAAAGCACUGGCGCCUAUUGCUGGCAUCUCCCUACGGGGACUGGACCCCAUCUGCUACAAGGCACCUAUGCACCUGCAGACCUAUCCCAGACCUUAUUCCACCUCUCGCGUUAGCACAGGAUGGGCUGAACCCUACCCUGACUGCACAGCGGCUCCUAUUGAUCCUAGGGUCUCUAAGCCUACUAUCAGACCUUCUUCUGACCCUGAGCAUAUACUUAUAAACAGUAACAACGAUGAGGAAGAAGACAACGGCUCUGGUAAUAACGGAGAGAGCUGGAAAUAUAACGAAGAUAUCGAGGAAGGUCUUAACGACCCGUUGAUCCUGACUGCAGAUGAUGAGGAUCGACUCCCUGCAAACGGGGGUCAGGGCCCGCAGACGAUCUUUAUUAUAGGCACCAGCCCUGACCGAUAUCUGUAUCUGUACUAA